AUGAACAAUUUAAUGAAUUGCACCCAAGAAGAAAAGAACAUCUCAGAUGUAUGGAGUCCCAAUGUGGUUCUUGCACUUGGAAUUUCUCAAAUGAUCACUAAUUUAGUGUCUGCUGCAUUUAACUGUUAUGUGAUUUUUACUAUAGCAUUUUCCAAAGACCUUACUAAAUAUAUUUUUAUACUUUUUUGCAACUUGGCUGUCUCUGAUCUUCUGGCAAGCUUAUCUGGCCUCUGGAUAUCUCUGCUGUUUAUAUCAGAUCCUGAUAGCACCAUAUUUGGGUCAUGGAAGAUCCUCAUCGCCUAUGUCUCUUACACCAUAUCCAUAUUAUCUACAGUAUACAACUUAGUAAGCAUUGGCAUAGAGCGCUAUUUGGCGGUAUCUGGAGGCUCCUGGUCUAAAUGUCGAGUUUCCAAGAAUCAGAUCCUGUCGGCGGUGUUCGUUAUUUGGACAGUAGCUAUUAUUCUUGGCUCACUGCCUCUAAUGGGAUGGGAUUGUUUACGUAAAGAUGGAAACGUAUCUACACUUUAUGGACCUUUCUGUAUUGACUAUUUAGUUUUCAUCACGAUUCCUAACUGCAUUGUUGCCUUUGUCUUCCCUCUGAUAACCUAUAGUGGAAUCAUUUUAAUAUUAAGGAAGCAGAAGCUGUGCAUGCUGGCACAUGGGCAACACGACCAUGGUACCUACAAAGCAGCUGAAAUACAGGUAGCCAAGACCUGCAUUUUUAUCUGGAUUCUUGCCAUUGUCUCGUAUGCUCCCUUCUUUGCUGGGGUUCUGUGGGAUGUCAUCAAUACCAUUUGCCCAGAAGAGCUACAGACAAGUGUGUUUGUGUUCCGCAACCUCACUGCUAUGAUGAUCACACUGAACUCCUUAGGGAACCCUGUUAUUUACACUCUUAAAUUUAAAACUCUGAGCAAUAGUUGUGUGUUCUGCAGAUGUCAGCCAAGCAAUCAAGUUUCAGCUUUGACUCUUGAAGAUGCCUGA